AUGAAAGGCCGGGCUCCGGGAGACCCCCUGACUAUAAGCAGCGGGCACAAUAACAGGGGGCCAUGUAAUAGUUGCGGGGUAGCGGCGAGAAAUCCUAUCGGAAAAGGCUCCAUGGUGAGGUUACGGCAGCGUGAAUGCAUCGGACGCCACGUUUCCUUACAAAGCCCAGCAGCGUAAAACGUGUGUGUGUUGUGUGGGGGGGUGGAGUAUAAAGCGCCUCGUCCCCUCCGAUACAUGCAGGGAGGCGGGAGAGAAUGAGAAAAGGGAGUCCCGUUGCCACGGCAACCGCCGCUGCCCGCAUCUCUCCCUAGCCGCCCCGCGCGGAGGAAGAACCAUAGAGUACUUCCGGUGGCGGCGGCAGGAGGGGCGUCACGGCGGAAGGGGCUGCGCUUUGUUUGGACCAGAGGAGGUCGGUGUGAGGGUGAGUGGCUGGGAGAUUGGAGUGGGGUGGGGGGUGGCAUGCCUGGCGUGGCCUUCGCUCCGGCUCGGGGUUCGAGAGUUCUCCAAGGGACGAAUGCCGCCGAGCCCCAAGAGACCCUGAGGCCCCUUCUCCUGGCCUCUCGCCGCGGGGUCUCCUUCCUCUUUCAGCCGAGCGGACCCUCGCCGAGAGGGAGCGGAGGCCCUGCCUCGGCCCUUUACGACUCUCGGGAAGUUUUCACUCCGGCUUAGGGUUGCUCUUUCGGGGGGGGCGGGGGUCAGGCCGGGCGAUGCUGCGAAGUUUCAGGUGAGCUGUGGAUUUCAGGUGUGCCCAGGAUUUCCAGGGGGGAGAACUUCGUCACGUUGUUGUCACUGCUCUUGAGCCGAAAAUAUCCUCAGUCCACACCGAGGGCAAAGAGAUCGGCUCUUAGUUUUCUACUUAAAAAAAAAAAAAAAAAGCAAAACCACACACACACACAUGAUCAACGUUGCCUGUCAUCAAAAGUACCGCAGGAUGGUACCCAGUUCACAGAAAACAGCCAAACUGCUCCAUCGCCAAAUAAAAAGAAGCAGCAACUUUUGAAGAAAGAUAUGGGGUGGGGGCAUCAUAUCUGACUGGUCCAAUGUGUUCCUAAUAAAGUUUGCGUCUCCAUCUUUGUAACACAACUGCUAAAAGCAGAUCAUGGUUGUGUCUUAAGAACACAUACUGCGUGGAAACAGCACAUAAUGAUCAGAAGUACAGUAAGGAUGUACGGUUCAUUUCAAAGACACAAGUGGAAUCCCUAGGGUUUCUGAGGAGCUUUUGGGGGGGGUGCCUCACCAAUAAGUUGUGGAGGGGUAGCUAUAUAUAGUCUAUUGUAACAAAACAACGAAGUGUCUUGUAGUGCCUUAAAAACUAACAGAUUUGUGACAGAAUGAUAGUAAUGGUGACUAAGCCUUCCUCAAAGGCUGUUUUUCCUCUCUGCAUUGUGCAGCCAUAGGGGGGAGCAUUUGGCAUGCUCUUAAAUGCAUUUUUCUUUUAUGGUAUAAUUUACAGCAGACCUGGCCAGGACGCCAUAUUAACUAAGUGCAUUCUACAAUUCUCUUCAGAAUUAUUGGCAUAUCAGAAGUGGGUCUAUGGUAGAUGCAUAGGUGCUCUUUAUAAAUUAAUGUGAAAAGGUAAAAGUCCAUAGAAUAGACAGUUAAAAUCUAUGUUAAAAUCCAGACAGUACGAUAGGAUAGAAAAUACUUUUGAUCUAUCAAAACAAAUGCAUGUAAAUGAAUAUUUUAAUGCAUGGCUUUUUAUCUUCCUUUCUAUAGCUCUUGUGGGACAAAUCAAGUCUGAAUCCUUGCCGUAA